CAUUAGUUGUUUCCUGUUGAAGAAGGUAGGUUGGUGGAAAUACUUAAAGUGCUUAUUAUGAUGAGAAUUGCCUAAAAAUGGCAGAAGAAAACUCAACUGAUUCCACAGGAUUUCAAAAGUCAUUUAAGACAGGGUCUGUACUCUCCAGUGAAGAAUCUCCAAAUUCAUAUGUAUCUUCUCCAGUGAUGUCAGGACCACAAACAAGAACAUCAUUUAUUUCACAUUCUUAUUUAGACUCCAAGCAGACUCGCAGGAGUUCAACCAGAUCAAUCAAAAGGAAGAAAUUUGAUGAUGAACUUGUUGAAAGUAGCCUUAUAAAAUCAGACAGAGGAAGGUUGAAACCUCCUGAUCCUAAGCCGGAGUCUCAGCCCCUGGAACCGGCACCAGCUCCUGUUCUACCUCCACAAGAGAAGAAAAAGCCUUCCAAAUCUGCCUCAACCAAAAGGACCAAAAAGUCAAAGCAACCAGCAACAGGAAGUUCUGCCAAAGACCUAGGAAGAUGGAAGCCACAAGAUGACUUGGCUCUGAUUACUGCAGUUCAGCAGACCUGUGAUCUUCAGUCAGUUCAUUUGGGAGUGAAAUUUUCUUGCAAGUUCACUUUAAAAGAAAUUCAAGAAAGAUGGUAUGCUAUUUUAUACGAUCCUGUGAUAUCAAAACUAGCCAUCAGUGCUAUGCAGACACUUCAUCCAGAUGUGAUUGCUGCCGUCCAUGCCAAGGCACUUUACAGCAAAGGGGAGGAACAGCUUCUGGGUACAGUGAUCUCGACAAGCCAGCCAAGUCAGGAUCACUUUCAAACUCUACUGGAAGAGAACUCAGAUGUGUUUUACCCAACCAGGACAGCCAAGUCUCUGUAUGGCCAUUGGCUGCUCAUGAAACAAUAUCACUUACUCCCAGAUCAGUCAGUUCAACCCAUGCCUAGGGGAGACCAUGUGCUCAAUUUCUCUGAUGCAGAAGAUAUGUUAAAUGACGAUGAACUGAAAGACCCAAGAGAUGAAGCUCUAGAAUAUGAAUUGGCAGUUUCAGAUAGAAGAAAUAAGAAAGAAAUACGACAUUUAGAGCAAGAAUUGCCAAAGUGGCAAGUUUUAGUCGACAGUGUGACUGGUGUGAGUCUUCCAGAUUUUGAUAACCAAACCCUGGCUGUUCUCAGGGGAAGGCUGGUCAGGUACCUCAUGAGAUCCAGGGAGAUUACACUCGGUCGAGCUACAAAAGAUAAUCAGAUAGAUGUAGAUCUUUCACUUGAAGGACCAGCAUGGAAGAUUUCAAGGCGGCAGGGCAUUAUUAAACUGAGAAACAAUGGAGACUUUUACAUAGCCAAUGAGGGCAAAAGACCGAUUUAUAUUGAUGGCAAGCCAGUCCUAACAGGAAAUAAACAAAAACUAAACAAUAAUUCAGUGGUUGAAAUAUCAUGUUUACGUUUUAUUUUCUUGGUGAACCAUGAUCUGAUUAGUGUGAUAAGAACAGAGGCCCAAAGACUGACUACGUAGCGGAGACCCCAUACUACACUACAACUAUAACAAAACUACUGAUCAGUGUGUUACGGACAGAAGCAAGGAGACGAACUUCAUAGUGGAAAUAACAUACUGUACUACAGCUAUAACAAAUCCACUGACUUACGUUAGUUUUACGUUGUUCUUCACUCUGAUCCUUGAGCUGAAACCCACAGUUUGAAUACAGAGAAAAGGCUUGUAAUAAUAUGGAGGACUCCCUGUUUAAUCUGUGGACUAUCUAUUGCUUAAUAGAGCCUUUCAUCCUCCAAAUGUUUACGUGUUUGAUAAACGUAUGUACAAAAUAAAAAAGAUUGUAUUUUA